AUGAAUAAACAAAUAUUAUCAAUUUUAUCACUAUCAAUAUUAUUAAUUGGUAGUGUAUUAUCAGCAACUAUUGACUGUACUGUAACUAAAAAGGUUACUGGUUGUGUUGAUCAAAAAUGCCCAGAUAUUCAAUCAUGUAUCACAAGUUUUGCUUCAAAUUAUAAUAUCCUAAAUAUAUAUGUAGAUGGUAGUGAAGGUAGUUUCCCUUGUAAACAAUCAGAGACUGAAUCUUUACAAAUAAACUCAACAGUUUCCAUCACAAUCCAACCUAAAAACUCAAAACAUAUCCCAUUAUUUGUUUGUGAAUUUGCAAACUCAUUUUUAAGAAUACAAUCUGGAUACUCCACCAUCCAAUUGUCUAUAUACUCAAUUAAUAUUACUGGUCAAAACUUCUAUGGUUACAAUCGUGGUAGCUACAUUUCAGUUUAUACACCAAUAAACUUUGAAACACAAAAUUAUGUUAAUCUAUACAAUGUAACAAUGACAAACGCCGUUGCUAACAAUGUACUUACACUUCAAAAUUAUGAAGCCGGUUCUCUUUCCGUCCAGAAUUUCAAUCUUAAUCUUCAAGGAUGUAUCAUAGAUAAAUCAAGUGGUGUGGGUUAUGGAGCAUCAUCUAUUUUAUUUGUAGGUGGAACUUUAAUUAUAACAUCUUCCUCCAUUACAAAUGGAAAUUCAUUGAAUGGUCCAGCUGUCACUUUUAAUGGUGAAGGAUUAGCGGUCACAAAUUCAUACUUUAAAUACAACUCUGGAUAUUCAGUCUUUAACGCUUAUGCUUCAAUUUAUGUUUCUUUUGCCCAAUCUUCUUUCGAGUUCAACCAAGGUUUGUAUGGUGGAGCAAUCCUUACUCAAUCCGAAGCAAUAUAUGUUACCCAGACUACAUUCAACUCCAACACUGCAACCAAUGGAGGAGCCAUUUACAUUAGAUCAUUAAGUGACUCUUAUCAUUAUGACACCUAUUCUUUUAGAGGUUCCAACUUUGUCAAUAAUACUGCUUCUGCAUAUGGUGGUGCAAUGUAUAUUGAACAAUCAAGUAAUUAUUAUUUCCCAGAAACAAUCUUUGAAUUAAACUCUGCUUCCUCUGGAUCGGAUAUCUUUUUCUAUAAAAUCAGUUUAUCUUUCUACAAUGGUGUUUUUAUGAAUCCAAUAUCAAACUCAUAUUACUCUGAAUAUCCAUCAUUCCCAUCUUGGGUAGUUGAUAUGAGUAUAAUAGAGACUAAUGUAGAUUCUUGUCAAGAUAACUACCAACUACUUGUAAAUAACAAUGUAAAUACUUGCAUUAUGGUUUCAUACAGAACUCCCUCUUCUUCAUCAUCAUCUUUUUCUGAAGAAUCCUCAAGUUUUAGCUCUGAAAGUGAAUCAACAAGUGAAUCAACAAGUGAAUCAACAAGUGAACCAUCUCAACGUGACAGUGAUGGUACAGCCACGGCAAUUUCCUUGACUAUUGCCUCAAUAAUUGGUUUUGUAUCAUUAGUUUCAUUCUUGACCGCUGUUAUUAUUGCCUCAAGAGAUAAUUAA